CCAAUACACACGUAUCGGGUUCGCCUUCUGCUAUAUCACAUACGUGUGUGCUCUGUGUGCAUCGAAGCCGUGCCAUUUGUGUCAAGAGUCCUUCCGUGUGCAAGUGUCCCCAUGCCAGAGAGGGGGGACUGGUCUAGUUACUGAGUGACUGUCAGCAGACGCGCUAACAGCCCUAUGGCGAGCGAAGCGAGCUGCCCUUCUGGCUGCCAUCAAGUUUCUGAUUCUACACAAGCCGGCCAUGGCGCACGUGUUGGUUUAGCUGUAUACAUCAUGGAUACGUCCUUUCAUCGCAGUCAAGCUUUGUCGCCCAGCGCCCUUCAUCACUCACAAUAAGAAGAGCUCUGCGUCCGUCAUCAACGCCGUCCUUCACAUGACAAAUGCACGCCCUUGGGAAACGAAAAAGGCCCACGCCCUCAGCUACAGAUGCGAGCAAGAAACAGAAGAUGCCAGAUGAUGCCAGACAAGGACGGAUAGUGUUUGACCGGGACGGUGACGUCCUUCUGGCCGUGCAGCCCUUUCAACGCAACGGCUCGUCUUUGGCCCAGUUCCAGGUCUCGUCCAAAGCACUUUCGCUCGGCAGCCCAGUGUUCAAGGCCAUGUUCAGCGGGAAAUUCAUGGAGAACGCGAACUCGGCCGCCGGUCUUCGCGCCGCAUCUCUACAGGAUGAUGACCCCGAAGCUCUCAUGCUCCUGUGUAACAUUGCCCACUUGCGCUUCAACAUGGUGCCGAAAAAGCUAUCACUAGACGCGCUGUUCAAUUUGGCCGUGAUAAGCGAUAAGUACGACACGGUUGGCAUGGUCAAGCCGUUCAUCACUCAACAUUGCGAUUUUUACCGAAAUAUCAUGACAGAGGCUGGAAAUGAAGUGUACUUUUACAUCACUUGGGCUCUUGGACUAGUGGACGAUUUCAAACGAAUGUUUAUGCACCUAGUAUUUGAGAUCAGGAUCCCCUCGCUGAUUUCAGGGAUAAGUACAACUUCUUCGGGUGAUAGCAGCAGCAUGGAAGAUAUGAUGUCGGAUGAUCCCGACAACACAGUCGAGCUUAUCUUAAAAAUGCGGGAUGAAGAGCGUGAAGGGCGGCUAAAUGAGCUUUUAAUUGUCAACUGUGAAGAUGAAGAAUUUUCGGCAGAUCUUCCGCCUCAUUCAAAAGUUGCUCUCUUGCUGAUACGGGAAGACAUUUUUCAGGCAAUACAGGCUCUGUGCAGUGUGUAUUGGCACGGUCUCCAAAAAAGGAUGAUGUCAUUUGCAAGUCCUGAUCAUGGCCAGUACGAAUGUUUUGCAAUGGAGUUUGGUCACUUGUCGCACAUCUUGUCAAAGUGGAAUAUCCAUCCCGACGCAUCGCACGCCAGAAGGAGCAUUAGUCUCCGCUCAUUAACAGUGCAGCUCCUAGAUUACAAACCACUUCGGUGUAUUGGCUGCAAAGUUCCCGGUGGGUGCUGUAGAUCGGAUGCAGACUACAAAAGCUUUCGCAAUGGAUUGCAGGAACUUGAGAUAUUCAGAACGAAUGGCAGAUCGGAAGUGGUUUCAUUGCUACAGCAAGUCAAAUCGAGAGAUCAUUUAUGAAGUUCUAGUUAGGAACAUAACUUAUAAUCAAGCAUUCUUUUGUCAG